UGAUACGUUUCACAAUUGCCGAUGGAAUAUAAAUUGACGAAAAACAAUAAUGCACGUCUUGAAAAAGAAGUAACGGUAAUCAAGAUAUAAAUAGCUAGGCGUUAUGAAAGCCCGAAGUGCUUACGAUCAUGUGAACGUUAGUUGACAGAUUCGCCACCUAGUGACGACAGUUGAACUUUACGAAAUUUGUAUCUUAUGAAUUACUCUAGUUGUGAUUUAUUUUUUUUUAUAUAUACAACAGUGUCGUAAAAGAUCGUUCGCAUUAAAUAAAAUUUAUGUCGGCAAAUCUUAAGCUUGCUGACCCGAGAUACGCAGAGAGCCUUCGUUGAAAUUGGAUAAAUUGCUUUGGGUUUUCUCGUUCAGUAAAAUGAGCAGCUCGGAGGAAGUCUCGUGGAUUUCAUGGUUCUGCGGUCUUAAGGGCAAUGAAUUCUUCUGCGAGGUCGACGAAGAUUAUAUUCAAGAUAAAUUUAACUUAACAGGACUUAAUGAGCAAGUACCACAUUAUCGUCAGGCAUUAGACAUGAUUCUUGAUCUGGAGCCUGAUGAAGAUUUGGAUGAUAAUCCUAACCAGUCGGAUCUUAUAGAACAGGCAUCGGAAAUGCUAUAUGGACUUAUUCAUGCUCGUUACAUUCUAACAAAUCGAGGAAUUGCUCAAAUGAUAGAGAAAUAUCAGGCUGGUGAUUUUGGUCAUUGUCCCAGAGUUUACUGUGAAUCAGAGCCUAUGCUUCCAUUGGGAUUAAGUGAUUUGCCUGGCGAAGCUAUGGUUAAAUGUUAUUGUCCAAAAUGUAUGGAUGUUUAUACACCUAAAAGCUCGCGACAUCAUCAUACCGAUGGUGCAUAUUUUGGAACAGGGUUCCCACACAUGCUCUUCAUGGUUCAUCCAGAAUACAGACCAAAGCGUGCAUCAACUCAAUUUGUACCUAGGUUAUAUGGAUUUAAAAUUCAUCCUAUAGCGUAUCAAGUUCAACAACAAUCAGCAACUACAUUUAAACAACCAAUUCGAGGAUUAAAUUAUAAUAAUGGAAAACGCUAAAAUUGUUUGAGAAUAGUCCAUAAAGAAAAAAAAAACAAAACUUCUUCACACUAAUCGAAAUGCAAAUCUUAAUUUCGUCCUUAAGAUUUAAAAAAAUAUUAUUUUUUAUAUAUCUCUCAAUCUCUUUCCUUCCGUCAUUAUAUGACGCUGAUCAUGACGUUAGAAUAAGCUGACGUUAGAACAAGAUCGUAAUUUAAACUUUUUCUGAUGGUCUCUGUAAUAAUUCUGACGUCGUCAGAGAGAAAAACAGGAGCGUUGUAUACCAUUUUAAUUUCUGAGCUAAAGACAAUUUUGUCUUUUUUUGAUCGGAAUUCAUAUUUUUGCGUGCAACACACAAAAAUUGUUAUCCAUUCAAGGAAAGAAAUAAAUGCAGAAGAUGGAAGAACAAGAACACGAAACAUGAAACUGAAUAUAAAAACGAAAAAAACACCUAGGAUAUAAGAGCAAAGAUAAAAGUAGAACGUAUUUGUCUGUAUGAGUUACUCACAUCAUGAUGGUUGCUGCCAAGUAGUUCCUAAGCUCAAGAAUACUUUCUAAUGAUGCGAAAGUAUAUCAAGAAUCGAGGAGCGUGCAGGUAGCAAAAGAGAAAUUUAACGAAAUUAAUAAAUAAAAAUAAGUAAAAUGUGCAUGAACUAAAUUUCUUAAUCGCGAAGUGAAAAACUAUGAUUAAUAUUCUUUUUUCAUAAAUUUGCCUCGAGUGGCUUUUUAUGAAUUUUCAUUGUAAAACAUUCUUGACAUAAUUACAUUUUUGAAUUACACAGUUGAAAUUUACCAAAAGUGCAUGUAUGUA